AUGAAUGAAGAAAAGACAAAAGACCAAUCUGAUCUAGCUAACGAAAAUGGGACUGAGCCAACAUUGCCGUCCGUUGGUUCACAUUCUAGACCUUCUUCAGGAACAGAAGCACAUAGGGUAACUACCGCAAUCGAAACCAAUGAUUUGAUACCUGUUGAUUCCUCAUCUGCAGGGAAGUUGUCACCUGUCAAUAAUGUAUCAAGUCCAACAGCUGAAGCCAAUACAAUAUCAAGGACAAAUAGUCCAACUGACACGAAACCCAGUGACUUAAAUAACGAAUUGGAAGAUAAGGAAACUAAAACAUCUAGACCAUCAUCAGAGUUAAGAAACGCAUUUAGAACAAAAAGUGCGAGUAAGACCACUAAAGAAAUAAAUGGACAGGCUGAUGAUGAAGUAUUUACAGGAACUCAAACACCUCCUGACCGCAAAUCAACACCUUUGUCAGAGAUAGAUAAAACAUCGAGGCCCACUAGUGCAAUCAAGACACCCAAACAAAUAAACGAUGAUAUUAUUACUAGUGAAGUAGAAGGUCCAAUAGUAGUGAAGACCGAAAACGUAUCUAGGCCAACAUCAAAAUCAAAGGAAUCACCAAGACCUUCGAGCACCAAUGACAAAACAGCAGCUCUUCUUCCUGCAGAUGAAACAGAUACAUCAAAAACACCUGCUACUAUGAAUAAAAUGAACGAAGACAAGACAAAAGACCAAUCUGAUCCAGCUAACGAAAAGGUGACUGAGACAACAUUGCCGUCCAUUGGUGCACAUUCUAGACCUUCUUCCGGAACAGAAUCAUCUAGGGUAGCUACCGCAAUCGAAACCAAAGAUGAGAUACCUGGAGAUUCCUCAUCUGCAGGGAAGUUGUCACCUGUCAAAAAUGUACCAAGUCCAACAGCUGAAGCCAAUACAAUAUCAAGGACAAAUAGUCCAACCGACACGAAACCCAGUGACUUAAAUAACGAAUUGGAAAAUAAGGAAACUAAAAGACAAUCAUCAUCGGAUAAAAUUACAUCAUCUAGACCACCACCAGGGUCAAGAAACGCAUCCAGACCAACAAGUGCGAGUAAGACCACUACAGAAAUAAAUGGACAGGCUGAUGAUGAAGUGUUUACAGGUACUCAAACACCUCCUGACCGCAAAUCAACACCUUUGUCAGAGAUAGAUAAAACAUCAAGGCCCACUAGUGCAAACAAGACAACCAAACAAAUAGACGAUGAUAGUAUGACUAGUGAAGCAGAAGUUCCAAUAGUAGUGAACAACGAAAACGUAUCUAGGCCAACAUCAAAAUCAAAGGAAUCAUCAAGACCUUCAAGUACAAAUGACAAAACAGCAGAUCUUCUUCCUGCAAACAAAACAGAUACAUCAAAAGCAUUUGAAACUAUGCAUACAAUGAAUGAAGACAAGACAAAAGACCAAUCCGAUCCAGCUAACGAAAACGUGACUGAGACAACAUUGCCGUCCAUUGGUUCACAUUCUAGACCUUCUUCAGGAACAGAAGCACAUAGGGUAACUACCGCAAUCGAAACCAAUGAUUUGAUACCUGUUGAUUCCUCAUCUGCAGGGAAGUUGUCACCUGUCAAUAAUGUAUCAAGUCCAACAGCUGAAGCCAAUACAAUAUCAAGGACAAAUAGUCCAACUGACACGAAACCCAGUGACUUAAAUAACGAAUUGGAAGAUAAGGAAACUAAAACAUCUAGACCAUCAUCAGAGUUAAGAAACGCAUCCAGAACAAAAAGUGCGAGUAAGACCACUAAAGAAAUAAAUGGACAGGCUGAUGAUGAAGUAUUUACAGGAACUCAAACACCUCCUGACCGCAAAUCAACACCUUUGUCAGAGAUAGAUAAAACAUCGAGGCCCACUAGUGCAAACAAGACAAACAAACAAAUAGACGAUGAUAAAAUUAUUAUGACUAGUGAAGCAGAAGGUCCAAUAGUAGUGAAGACCGAAAACGUAUCUAGGCCAACAUCAAAAUCAAAGGAAUCACCAAGACCUUCGAGCACCAAUGACAAAACAGCAGCUCUUCUUCCUGCAGAUGAAACAGGUACAUCAAAAACACCUGCAACUAUGAAUAAAAUGAACGAAGACAAGACAAAAGACCAAUCUGAUCCAACUAAUGAAAACGUGACUGAGACAACAUUGCCGUCCAUUGGUUCACAUUCUAGACCUUUCUCAGGAACAGAAGCAUCUAGGGUAGCUACCGCAAUCGAAACCAAAGAUGAGAUACCUGGAGAUUCCUCAUCUGCAGGGAAGUUGUCACCUGUCAAUAAUGUAUCAAGUCUAUCAGAUGAAGCAAAUACAAUGUCAAGGACAAAUAGUCCAACCGACACGAAACUCAGUGACUUAAAUAACGAAUUGGAAGAUAAGGAAACUAAAAGACAAUCAUCUUCGGAUAAAAUUACAACAUCUAGACCACCAUCAGGUUCAAGAGACGCACCCAGACCAACAAGUGCGAGUAAGACCACUAAAGAAAUAAAUGGACAGGCAGAUGACGAAGUGUUUACAGGUACUCAAGCACUUCCUGACCGCGAAUCAAAACCUUCAUCAGAGAUAGAUAAAACAUCAAGACCCACUAGUGCAAACAAGACACCCACACAAUUAGACGAUGAUGUUAUGACUAGUGAAGCAGACGGUCCAAUAGUAGUGAACAACGAAAACGAAUCUAGGCCAACAUCAAAAUCAAAGGAAUCAUCAAGACCUUCGAGUAUCAAUGAAAAAACAGCAGAUCUUCUUCCUGCAGAUGAAACAGAUACAUCAAAAGCAUCUGAAACUAUGAAUAAAAUGAAUGAAGACAAGACAAAAGACCAAUCUGAUCCAGCUAACAAAAAGGUGACUGAGACAACAUUGCCGUCCAUUGGUUCACAUUCUAGACCUUCUUCCGGAACAGAAUCAUCUAGGGUAGCUACCGCAAUCGAAACCAAAGAUGAGAUACCUGGAGAUUCCUCAUCUGCAGGGAAGUUGUCACCUGUCAAAAAUGUACCAAGUCCAACAGCUGAAGCCAAUACAAUAUCAAGGACAAAUAGUCCAACCGACACGAAACCCAGUGACUUUAAUAACGAAUUGGAAGAUAAGGAAACUAAAAGACAAUCAUCGUCGGAUAAAAUUACAACAUCUAGACCACCAUCAGGGUCAAGAAACGCAUCCAGACCAACAAGUGCGAGUCAGACCACUAAAGAAAUAAAUGGACAGGCUGAUGAUGAAGUAUUUACAGGUACUCAAACACCUCCUGACCGCAAAUCAACACCUUUGUCAGAGAUAGAUAAAACAUCGAGGCCCACUAGUGCAAACAAGACAACCAAACAAAUAGACGAUGAUAGUAUGACUAGUGAAGCAGAAGUUCCAAUAGUAUUGAACAACGAAAACGUAUCUAGGCCAACAUCAAAAUCAAAGGAAUCAUCAAGACCUUCAAGUACAAAUGACAAAACAGCAGAUCUUCUUCCUGCAGACAAAACAGAUACAUCAAAAGCAUCUGAAACUAUGCAUACAAUGAAUGAAGACAAGACAAAAGACCAAUCCGAUCCAGCUAACGAAAACGUGACUGAGACAACAUUGCCGUCCAUUGGUUCACAUUCUAGACCUUCUUCAGGAACUGAAGCAUCUAGGGUAGCUACCGCAAUCGAAACCAAAGAUGAGAUACCUGGAGAUUCCUCAUCUGCAGGAAAGUUGUCACCUGUUCAUAAUGUAUCAGGUCCAACAGCUGAGGCCAAUACAAUAUCAAGUACAAAUAGUCCAACCGACACGAAACUCAGUGACUUAAAUAACGAAUUGGAAAAUAAGGAAACUAAAAGACAAUCAUCAUCGGAUAAAAUAACAACAUCUAGACCACAAUCAGGGUCAAGAAACGCAUCCAGACCAACAAGUGCAAGUAAGACCACUAAAGAAAUAAAUGGACAGGCAGAUGAUGAAGUGUUUACAGGUACUCAAACACCUCCUGACCGCAAAUCAAGACCUUCGUCGGGGAUACAUAAAACAUCAAGGCCCACUAGUGCAAACAAGACAAUCAAACAAAUAGACGAUGAUAGUAUGACUAGUGAAGCAGAAGUUCCAAUAGUAUUGAACAACGAAAACGUAUCUAGGCCAACAUCAAAAUCAAAGGAAUCAUCAAGACCUUCAAGUACAAAUGACAAAACAGCAGAUCUUCUUCCUGCAGACAAAACAGAUACAUCAAAAGCAUCUGAAACUAUGCAUACAAUGAAUGAAGACAAGACAAAAGACCAAUCCGAUCCAGCUAACGAAAACGUGACUGAGACAACAUUGCCGUCCAUUGGUUCACAUUCUAGACCUUCUUCAGGAACAGAAGCAUCUAGGGUAGCUACCGCAAUCGAAACCAAUGAUGAGAUACCUGGAGAUUCCUCAUCUGCAGGGAAGUUGUCACCUGUCAAUAACGUAUCAAGUCCAACAGCUGAAGCCAAUACAAUAUCAAGGACAAAUAGUCCAACCGAUACGAAACCAAGUGACUUAAAUAACGAAUUGGAAAAUAAGGAAACUAAAAGACAAUCAUCAUCGGAUAAAAUAACAACAUCUAGACCACAAUCAGGGUCAAGAAACGCAUCCAGACCAACAAGUGCGAGUAAGACCACUAAAGAAAUAAAUGGACAGGCAGAUGAUGAAGUGUUUACAGGUACUCAAACACCUCCUGACCGCAAAUCAAGACCUUCGUCAGGGAUAGAUAAAACAUCAAGGCCUACUAGUGCAAACAAGACACCCAAACAAAUAAACGAUGAUAUUAUUACUAGUGAAGUAGGAGGUCCAUUAGUAGUGAACACCGAAAACGUAUCUAGUCCAACAUCAAAAUCAAAGGAAUCUUCAAGACCUUCGAGUACCAAUGACAAAACAGCAGCUCUUCUUCCUGCAGAUGAAACAGAUACAUCAAAAACACCUGCAACUAUGAAUAAAAUGAACGAAGACAAGGCAAAAGACCAAUCUGAUCCAAAUAAUGAAAACGUGACUGAGACAACAUUGCAGUCCAUUGGUUCACAUUCUAGACCUUCUUCAGGAACAGAAGCAUCUAGGGAAGCUACCGCAAUGGAAACCAAAGAUGAGAUACCUGGAGAUUCCUCGUUUGCAGGGAAGUUGUCACCUGUCAAUAAUGUAUUAAGUCCAACAGCUGAGGCCAAUUCAAUAUCAAGGACAAAUAGUCCAACCGAAACGAAACCCAGUGACUUAAAUAACGAAUUGGAAGAUAAGGAAACUCAAAGACAAUCAUCAUCGGAUAAAAUUACAACAUCUAGACCACAAUCAGGGUCAAGAAACGCAUCCAGACCAACAAGUGCGAGUAAGACCACUAAAGAAAUAAAUGGACAGGCUGAUGAUGAAGUAUUUACAGGUACUCAAACACCUCCUGACCGCAAAUCAAGACCUUCGUCAGGGAUAGAUAAAACAUCAAGGCCUACUAGUGCAAACAAGACACCCAAACAAAUAAACGAUGAUAUUAUUACUAGUGGAGUAGGAGGUCCAUUAGUAGUGAACACCGAAAACGUAUAUAGGCCAACAUCAAAAUCAAAGGAAUCUUCAAGACCUUCGAGUACCAAUGACAAAACAGCAGCUCUUCUUCCUGCAGAUGAAACAGAUACAUCAAAAACACCUGCAACUAUGAAUAAAAUGAACGAAGACAAGGCAAAAGACCAAUUUGAUCCAAAUAAUGAAAACGUGACUGAGACAACAUUGCGGUCCAUUGGUUCACAUUCUAGACCUUCUUCAGGAACAGAAGCAUCUAGGGAAGCUACCGCAAUGGAAACCAAAGAUGAGAUACCUGGAGAUUCCUCGUUUGCAGGGAAGUUGUCACCUGUAAAUAAUGUAUCAAGUCCAACAGCUGAGGCCAAUACAAUAUCAAGGACAAAUAGUUCAACCGACACGAAACCCAGUGACUUUAAUAACGAAUUGGAAGAUAAGGAAACUAAAAGACAAUCAUCGUCGGAUAAAAUUACAACAUCUAGACCACCAUCAGGGUCAAGAAACGCAUCCAGACCAACAAGUGCGAGUAAGACCACUAAAGAAAUAAAUGGACAGGCUGAUGAUGAAGUAUUUACAGGUACUCAAACACCUCCUGACUGCAAAUCAAGACCUUCGUCAGGGAUACAUAAAACAUCAAGGCCCACUAGUGCAAACAAGACAACCAAACAAAUAGACGAUGAUAGUAUGACUAGUGAAGCAGAAGUUCCAAUAGUAUUGAACAACGAAAACGUAUCUAGGCCAACAUCAAAAUCAAAGGAAUCAUCAAGACCUUCAAGUACAAAUGACCAAACAGCAGAUCUUCUUCCUGCAGACAAAACUGAUACAUCAAAAGCAUCUGAAACUAUGCAUACAAUGAAUGAAGACAAGACAAAAGACCAAUCCGAUCCAGCUAACGAAAACGUGACUGAGACAACAUUGCCGUCCAUUGGUUCACAUUCUAGACCUUCUUCAGGAACAGAAGCAUCUAGGGAAGCUACCGCAAUCGAAAACAAAGAUGAGAUACCUGGAGAUUCCUCAUCUGCAGGGAAGUUGUCACCUGUCAAUAAUGUAUCAAGUCCAACAGCUGAAGCCAAUACAAUAUCAAGGACAAAUAGUCCAACCGACACAAAACCCAGUGACUUAAAUAACGAAUUGGAAGAUAAGGAAACUAAAAGACAAUCAUCAUCGGAUAAAAUUACAACAUCUAGACCACCAUCAGGGUCAAGAAACGCAUCCAGACCAACAAGUGCGAGUAAGACCACUAAAGAAAUAAAUGGACAGGCUGAUGAUGAAGUAUUUACAGGCACUCAAACACCUCCUGACCGCAAAUCAACAACUUCGUCAGGGAUAAAUAAAACAUCAAGGCCCACUAGUGCAAACAAGACAACCAAACAAUUAGACGAUGAUAUUAUGACUAGUGAAUCAGAAGGUCCAAUAGUAGUGAACAACGAAAACGUAUCUAGGCCAACAUCAAAAUCAAAGGAAUCAUCAAGACCUUCGAGUACCCAUGAAAAAACAGCAGAUCUUCUUCCUGCAGAUGAAACAGAUACAACAAAAGCAUCUGAAACUAUGAAUAAAAUGAAUGAAGACAAUAAAAAAGACCAAUCUGAUCCAGCUAACGAAAAGGUGACUGAGACAACAUUGCCGUCCAUUGGUUCACAUUCUAGACCUUCUUCAGGAACAGAAGCAUCUAUGGAAGCUACCGCAAUCGAAACCAAAGAUGAGAUACCUGGAGAUUCCUCAUCUGCAGGGAAGUUGUCACCUGUCAAUAAUGUAUCAAGUCCAACAGCUGAAGCCAAUACAAUAUCAAGGGCAAAUAGUCCAACCGACACAAAACCCAGUGACUUUAAUAACGAAUUGGAAGAUAAGGAAACUAAAAGACAAUCAUCGUCGGAUAAAAUUUCAACAUCUAGACCACCAUCAGGGUCAAGAAACGCAUCCAGACCAACAAGUGCGAGUAAGACCACUAAAGAAAUAAAUGAACAGGCUGAUGAUGAAGUAUUUAUAGGUACUCAAACACCUCCUGACCGCAAAUCAAGACCUUCGUCAGGGAUACAUAAAACAUCAAGGCCCACUAGUGCAAACAAGACAACCAAACAAAUAGACGAUGAUAGUAUGACUAGUGAAGCAGAAGUUCCAAUAGUAUUGAACAACGAAAACGUAUCUAGGCCAACAUCAAAAUCAAAGGAAUCAUCAAGACCUUCGAGUACCAAUGAAAAAACAGCAGAUCUUCUUCCUGCAGAUGAAACAGAUACAACAAAAGCAUCUGAAACUAUGAAUAAAAUGAAUGAAGACAAUACAAAAGACCAACCUGAUCCAGCUAACGAAAAGGUGACUGCGACAACAUUGCCGUCCAUUGGUUCACAUUCUAGACCUUCUUCAGGAACAGAAGCAUCUAGGGUAGCUAUCGCAAUCGAAACCAAAGAUGAGAUACCUGGAGAUUCCUCAUCUGCAGGGAAGUUGUCACCUGUCAAUUAUGUAUCAAGUCCAACAGCUGAGGCCAAUACAAUAUCAAGGACAAAUAGUCCAACCGACACGAAACCCAGUGACUUUAAUAACGAAUUGGAAGAUAAGGAAACUAAAAGACAAUCAUCGUCGGAUAAAAUUACAACAUCUAGACCACCAUCAGGGUCAAGAAACGCAUCCAGACCAACAAGUGCGAGUAAGACCACUAAAGAAAUAAAUGGACAGGCAGAUGAUGAAGUGUUUACAGGUACUCAAACACCUCCUGACCGCAAAUCAAGACCUUCGUCAGGGAUAGAUAAAACAUCAAGGCCAACUAGUGCAAACAAGUCACCCAAACAAAUAAACGAUGAUAUUAUUACUAGUGAAGUAGAAGGUCCUAUAGUAGUGAACAACGAAAACGUAUCUAGGCCAACAUCAAAAUCAAAGGAAUCUUCAAGACCUUCUAGUACCAAUGACAAAACAGCAGCUCUUCUUCCUGCAGAUGAAACAGAUACAUCAAAAACACCUGCAACUAUGAAUAAAAUGAACGAAGACAAGACAAAAGACCAAUCUGAUCCAACUAAUGAAAACGUGACUGAGAAAACAUUGCCGUCCAUUGGUUCACAUUCUAGACCUUCUUCAGGAACAGAAGCAUCUAGGGAAGCUACCGCAAUCGAAACCAAAGAUGAGAUACCUGGAGAUUCCUCAUCUGCAGGGAAGUUGUCACCUGUCAAUUAUGUAUCAAGUCCAACAGCUGAGGCCAAUACAAUAUCAAGGACAAAUAGUCCAACCGACACGAAACCCAGUGACUUUAAUAACGAAUUGGAAGAUAAGGAAACUAAAAGACAAUCAUCGUCGGAUAAAAUUACAACAUCUAGACCACCAUCAGGGUCAAGAAACGCAUCCAGACCAACAAGUGCGAAUAAGACCACUAAAGAAAUAAAUGGACAGGCAGAUGAUGAAGUGUUUCCAGGUACUCAAACACCUCCUUACCGCAAAUCAAGACCUUCGUCAGGGAUAGAUAAAACAUCAAGGCCAACUAGUGCAAACAAGUCACCCAAACAAAUAAACGAUGAUAUUAUGACUAGUGAAGUAGAAGGUCCAAUAGUAGUGAACAACGAAAACGUAUCUAGGCCAACAUCAAAAUCAAAGGAAUCAUCAAGACCUUCGAGUACCAAUGAAAAAACAGCAGAUCUUCUUCCUGCAGAUGAAACAGAUACAACAAAAGCAUCUGAAACUAUGAAUAAAAUGAAUGAAGACAAUACAAAAGACCAACCUGAUCCAGCUAACGAAAAGGUGACUGCGACAACAUUGCCGUCCAUUGGUUCACAUUCUAGACCUUCUUCAGGAACAGAAGCAUCUAGGGUAGCUAUCGCAAUCGAAACCAAAGAUGAGAUACCUGGAGAUUCCUCAUCUGCAGGGAAGUUGUCACCUGUCAAUAAUGUAUCAAGUCCAACAGCUGAAGCCAAUACAAUAUCAAGGACAAAUAGUCCAACCGACACGAAACUCAGUGACUUAAAUAACGAAUUGGAAGAUAAGGAAACUAAAAGACAAUCCUCAUCGGAUAAAAUUACAACAUCUAGACCACCAUCAGGGUCAAGAAACGCAUCCAGACCAACAAGUGCGAGUAAGACCACUAAAGAAAUAAAUGGACAGGCUGAUGAUGAAGUAUUUACAGGUACUCAAACACCUCUUGACCGCAAAUCAACAACUUCAUCAGGGAUAGAUAAAACAUCAAGGCCCACUAGUGCAAACAAGACAACCAAACAAUUAGACGAUGAUAUUAUGACUAGUGAAUCAGAAGGUCCAAUAGUAGUGAACAACGAAAACGUAUCUAGGCCAACAUCAAAAUCAAAGGAAUCAUCAAGACCUUCGAGUACCAAUGAAAAAACAGCAGAUCUUCUUCCUGCAGAUGAAACAGAUACAACAAAAGCAUCUGAAACUAUGAUUAAAAUGAAUGAAGACAAUAAAAAAGACCAAUCUGAUCCAGCUAACGAAAAGGUGACUGCGACAACAUUGCCGUCCAUUGGUUCACAUUCUAGACCUUCUUCAGGAACAGAAGCAUCUAGGGUAGCUACCGCAAUCGAAACCAAAGAUGAGAUACCUGGAGAUUCCUCAUCUGCAGGGAAGUUGUCACCUGUCAAUAAUGUAUCAAGUCCAACAGCUGAAGCCAAUACAAUAUCAAGGACAAAUAGUCCAACCGACACGAAACUCAGUGACUUAAAUAACGAAUUGGAGGAUAAGGAAACUAAAAGACAAUCAUUGUCGGAUAAAAUUACAACAUCUAGACCACCAUCAGGGUCAAGAAACGCAUCCAGACCAACAAGUGCGAGUAAGACCACUAAAGAAAUAAAUGGAGAGGCAGAUGAUGAAGUGUUUACAGGUACUCAAACACCUCCUGACCGCAAAUCAAGACCUUCGUCAGGGAUAGAUAAAACAUCAAGGCCAACUAGUGCAAACAAGUCACCCAAACAAAUAAACGAUGAUAUUAUUACUAGUGAAGUAGAAGGUCCAAUAGUAGUGAACAACGAAAACGUAUCUAGGCCAACAUCAAAAUCAAAGGAAUCUUCAAGACCUUCUAGUACCAAUGACAAAACAGCAGCUCUUCUUCCUGCAGAUGAAACAGAUACAUCAAAAACACCUGCAACUAUGAAUAAAAUGAACGAAGACAAGACAAAAGACCAAUCUGAUCCAACUAAUGAAAACGUGACUGAGAAAACAUUGCCGUCCAUUGGUUCACAUUCUAGACCUUCUUCAGGAACAGAAGCAUCUAGGGAAGCUACCGCAAUCGAAACCAAAGAUGAGAUACCUGGAGAUUCCUCAUCUGCAGGGAAGUUGUCACCUGUCAAUUAUGUAUCAAGUCCAACAGCUGAGGCCAAUACAAUAUCAAGGACAAAUAGUCCAACCGACACGAAACCCAGUGACUUUAAUAACGAAUUUGAAGAUAAGGAAACUAAAAGACAAUCAUCGUCGGAUAAAAUUACACCAUCUAGACCACCAUCAGGGUCAAGAAACGCAUCCAGACCAACAAGUGCGAGUAAGACCACUAAAGAAAUAAAUGGACAGGCAGAUGAUGAAGUGUUUACAGGUACUCAAACACCUCCUGACCGCAAAUCAAGACCUUCGUCAGGGAUAGAUAAAACAUCAAGGCCAACUAGUGCAAACAAGUCACCCAAACAAAUAAACGAUGAUAUUAUGACUAGUGAAGUAGAAGGUCCAAUAGUAGUGAACAACGAAAACGUAUCUAGGCCAACAUCAAAAUCAAAGGAAUCAUCAAGACCUUCGAGUACCAAUGAAAAAACAGCAGAUCUUCUUCCUGCAGAUGAAACAGAUACAACAAAAGCAUCUGAAACUAUGAAUAAAAUGAAUGAAGACAAUACAAAAGACCAACCUGAUCCAGCUAACGAAAAGGUGACUAAGACAACAUUGCCGUCCAUUGGUUCACAUUCUAGACCUUCUUCAGGAACAGAAGCAUCUAGGGUAGCUAUCGCAAUCGAAACCAAAGAUGAGAUACCUGGAGAUUCCUCAUCUGCAGGGAAGUUGUCACCUGUCAAUUAUGUAUCAAGUCCAACAGCUGAGGCCAAUACAAUAUCAAGGACAAAUAGUCCAACCGACACGAAACCCAGUGACUUUAAUAACGAAUUGGAAGAUAAGGAAACUAAAAGACAAUCAUCGUCGGAUAAAAUUACAACAUCUAGACCACCAUCAGGGUCAAGAAACGCAUCCAGACCAACAAGUGCGAGUAAGACCACUAAAGAAAUAAAUGGACAGGCCGAUGAUGAAGUGUUUACAGGUACUCAAACACCUCCUGACCGCAAAUCAAGACCUUCGUCAGGGAUAGAUAAAACAUCAAGGCCAACUAGUGCAAACAAGUCACCCAAACAAAUAAACGAUGAUAUUAUUACUAGUGAAGUAGAAGGUCCAAUAGUAGUGAACAACGAAAACGUAUCUAGGCCAACAUUAAAAUCAAAGGAAUCUUCAAGACCUUCUAGUACCAAUGACAAAACAGCAGCUCUUCUUCCUGCAGAUGAAACAGAUACAUCAAAAACACCUGCAACUAUGAAUAAAAUGAACGAAGACAAGACAAAAGACCAAUCUGAUCCAACUAAUGAAAACGUGACUGAGAAAACAUUGCCGUCCAUUGGUUCACAUUCUAGACCUUCUUCAGGAACAGAAGCAUCUAGGGAAGCUACCGCAAUCGAAACCAAAGAUGAGAUACCUGGAGAUUCCUCAUCUGCAGGGAAGUUGUCACCUGUCAAUUAUGUAUCAAGUCCAACAGCUGAGGCCAAUACAAUAUCAAGGACAAAUAGUCCAACCGACACGAAACCCAGUGACUUUAAUAACGAAUUGGAAGAUAAGGAAACUAAAAGACAAUCAUCGUCGGAUAAAAUUACAACAUCUAGACCACCAUCAGGGUCAAGAAACGCAUCCAGACCAACAAGUGCGAGUAAGACCACUAAAGAAAUAAAUGGACAGGCAGAUGAUGAAGUGUUUACAGGUACUCAAACACCUCCUGACCGCAAAUCAAGACCUUCGUCAGGGAUAGAUAAAACAUCAAGGCCAACUAGUGCAAACAAGUCACCCAAACAAAUAAACGAUGAUAUUAUGACUAGUGAAGUAGAAGGUCCAAUAGUAGUGAACAACGAAAACGUAUCUAGGCCAACAUCAAAAUCAAAGGAAUCAUCAAGACCUUCGAGUACCAAUGAAAAAACAGCAGAUCUUCUUCCUGCAGAUGAAACAGAUACAACAAAAGCAUCUGAAACUAUGAAUAAAAUGAAUGAAGACAAUACAAAAGACCAACCUGAUCCAGCUAACGAAAAGGUGACUAAGACAACAUUGCCGUCCAUUGGUUCACAUUCUAGACCUUCCUCAGGAACAGACGCAUCUAGGGUAGCUACCGCAAUCGAAACCAAAGAUGAGAUACCUGGAGAUUCCUCAUCUGCAGGGAAGUUGUCACCUGUCAAUUAUGUAUCAAGUCCAACAGCUGAGGCCAAUACAAUAUCAAGGACAAAUAGUCCAACCGACACGAAACCCAGUGACUUUAAUAACGAAUUGGAAGAUAAGGAAACUAAAAGACAAUCAUCGUCGGAUAAAAUUACAACAUCUAGACCACCAUCAGGGUCAAGAAACGCAUCCAGACCAACAAGUGCGAGUAAGACCACUAAAGAAAUAAAUGGACAGGCAGAUGAUGAAGUGUUUACAGGUACUCAAACACCUCCUGACCGCAAAUCAAGACCUUCGUCAGGGAUAGAUAAAACAUCAAGGCCAACUAGUGCAAACAAGUCACCCAAACAAAUAGACGAUGAUAUUAUGACUAGUGAAGUAGAAGGUCCAAUAGUAGUGAACAACGAAAACGUAUCUAGGCCAACAUCAAAAUCAAAGGAAUCAUCAAGACCUUCGAGUACCAAUGAAAAAACAGCAGAUCUUCUUCCUGCAGAUGAAACAGAUACAACAAAAGCAUCUGAAACUAUGAAUAAAAUGAAUGAAGACAAUACAAAAGACCAACCUGAUCCAGCUAACGAAAAGGUGACUAAGACAACAUUGCCGUCCAUUGGUUCACAUUCUAGACCUUCUUCAGGAACAGAAGCAUCUAGGGUAGCUAUCGCAAUCGAAACCAAAGAUGAGAUACCUGGAGAUUCCUCAUCUGCAGGGAAGUUGUCACCUGUCAAUUAUGUAUCAAGUCCAACAGCUGAGGCCAAUACAAUAUCAAGGACAAAUAGUCCAACCGACACGAAACCCAGUGACUUUAAUAACGAAUUGGAAGAUAAGGAAACUAAAAGACAAUCAUCGUCGGAUAAAAUUACAACAUCUAGACCACCAUCAGGGUCAAGAAACGCAUCCAGACCAACAAGUGCGAGUAAGACCACUAAAGAAAUAAAUGGACAGGCCGAUGAUGAAGUGUUUACAGGUACUCAAACACCUCCUGACCGCAAAUCAAGACCUUCGUCAGGGAUAGAUAAAACAUCAAGGCCAACUAGUGCAAACAAGUCACCCAAACAAAUAAACGAUGAUAUUAUUACUAGUGAAGUAGAAGGUCCAAUAGUAGUGAACAACGAAAACGUAUCUAGGCCAACAUUAAAAUCAAAGGAAUCUUCAAGACCUUCUAGUACCAAUGACAAAACAGCAGCUCUUCUUCCUGCAGAUGAAACAGAUACAUCAAAAACACCUGCAACUAUGAAUAAAAUGAACGAAGACAAGACAAAAGACCAAUCUGAUCCAACUAAUGAAAACGUGACUGAGAAAACAUUGCCGUCCAUUGGUUCACAUUCUAGACCUUCUUCAGGAACAGAAGCAUCUAGGGAAGCUACCGCAAUCGAAACCAAAGAUGAGAUACCUGGAGAUUCCCCAUCUGCAGGGAAGUUGUCACCUGUCAAUUAUGUAUCAAGUCCAACAGCUGAGGCCAAUACAAUAUCAAGGACAAAUAGUCCAACCGACACGAAACCCAGUGACUUUAAUAACGAAUUGGAAGAUAAGGAAACUAAAAGACAAUCAUCGUCGGAUAAAAUUACAACAUCUAGACCACCAUCAGGGUCAAGAAACGCAUCCAGACCAACAAGUGCGAGUAAGACCACUAAAGAAAUAAAUGGACAGGCAGAUGAUGAAGUGUUUACAGGUACUCAAACACCUCCUGACCGCAAAUCAAGACCUUCGUCAGGGAUAGAUAAAACAUCAAGGCCAACUAGUGCAAACAAGUCACCCAAACAAAUAAACGAUGAUAUUAUGACUAGUGAAGUAGAAGGUCCAAUAGUAGUGAACAACGAAAACGUAUCUAGGCCAACAUCAAAAUCAAAGGAAUCAUCAAGACCUUCGAGUACCAAUGAAAAAACAGCAGAUCUUCUUCCUGCAGAUGAAACAGAUACAACAAAAGCAUCUGAAACUAUGAAUAAAAUGAAUGAAGACAAUACAAAAGACCAACCUGAUCCAGCUAACGAAAAGGUGACUAAGACAACAUUGCCGUCCAUUGGUUCACAUUCUAGACCUUCCUCAGGAACAGACGCAUCUAGGGUAGCUACCGCAAUCGAAACCAAAGAUGAGAUACCUGGAGAUUCCUCAUCUGCAGGGAAGUUGUCACCUGUCAAUUAUGUAUCAAGUCCAACAGCUGAGGCCAAUACAAUAUCAAGGACAAAUAGUCCAACCGACACGAAACCCAGUGACUUUAAUAACGAAUUGGAAGAUAAGGAAACUAAAAGACAAUCAUCGUCGGAUAAAAUUACAACAUCUAGACCACCAUCAGGGUCAAGAAACGCAUCCAGACCAACAAGUGCGAGUAAGACCACUAAAGAAAUAAAUGGACAGGCAGAUGAUGAAGUGUUUACAGGUACUCAAACACCUCCUGACCGCAAAUCAAGACCUUCGUCAGGGAUAGAUAAAACAUCAAGGCCAACUAGUGCAAACAAGUCACCCAAACAAAUAAACGAUGAUAUUAUUACUAGUGAAGUAGAAGGUCCAAUAGUAGUGAACAACGAAAACGUAUCUAGGCCAACAUCAAAAUCAAAGGAAUCUUCAAGACCUUCUAGUACCAAUGACAAAACAGCAGCUCUUCUUCCUGCAGAUGAAACAGAUACAUCAAAAACACCUGCAACUAUGAAUAAAAUGAACGAAGACAAGACAAAAGACCAAUCUGAUCCAACUAAUGAAAACGUGACUGAGAAAACAUUGCCGUCCAUUGGUUCACAUUCUAGACCUUCUUCAGGAACAGAAGCAUCUAGGGAAGCUAUCGCAAUCGAAACCAAAGAUGAGAUACCUGGAGAUUCCUCAUCUGCAGGGAAAUUGUCACCUGUCAAUUAUGUAUCAAGUCCAACAGCUGAGGCCAAUACAAUAUCAAGGACAAAUAGUCCAACCGACACGAAACCCAGUGACUUUAAUAACGAAUUGGAAGAUAAGGAAACUAAAAGACAAUCAUCGUCGGAUAAAAUUACAACAUCUAGACCACCAUCAGGGUCAAGAAACGCAUCCAGACCAACAAGUGCGAGUAAGACCACUAAAGAAAUAAAUGGACAGGCAGAUGAUGAAGUGUUUACAGGUACUCAAACACCUCCUGACCGCAAAUCAAGACCUUCGUCAGGGAUAGAUAAAACAUCAAGGCCCACUAGUGUAAACAAGUCACCCAAACAAAUAAACGAUGAUAUUAUGACUAGUGAAUCAGAAGGUCCAAUAGUAGUGAACAACGAAAACGUAUCUAGGCCAACAUCAAAAUCAAAGGAAUCAUCAAGACCUUCGAGUACCAAUGAAAAAACAGCAGAUCUUCUUCCUGCAGAUGAAACAGAUACAACAAAAGCAUCUGAAACUAUGAUUAAAAUGAAUGAAGACAAUAAAAAAGACCAAUCUGAUCCAGCUAACGAAAAGGUGACUGCGACAACAUUGCCGUCCAUUGGUUCACAAUCUAGACCUUCUUCAGGAACAGAAGCAUCUAGGGUAGCUACCGCAAUCGAAACCAAAGAUGAGAUACCUGGAGAUUCCUCAUCUGCAGGGAAGUUGUCACCUGUCAAUAAUGUAUCAAGUCCAACAGCUGAAGCCAAUACAAUAUCAAGGACAAAUAGUCCAACCGACACGAAACUCAGUGACUUAAAUAACGAAUUGGAAGAUAAGGAAACUAAAAGACAAUCAUCAUCGGAUAAAAUUGCAACAUCUAGACCACCAUCAGAGUCAAGAAACGCAUCCAGACCAACAAGUGCGAGUAAGACCACUAAAGAAAUAAAUGGAAAGGCUGAUGAUGAAGUAUUUACAGGUACUCAAACACCUCUUGACCGCAAAUCAACAACUUCGUCAGGGAUAGAUCAAACAUCAAGGCCCACUAGUGCAAACAAGACAACCAAACAAAUAGACGAUGCUAGUAUGACUAGUGAAGCAGAAGUUCCAAUAGUAUUGAACAACGAAAACGUAUCUAGGCCAACAUCAAAAUCAAAGGAAUCAUCAAGACCUUCAAGUACAAAUGACAAAACAGCAGAUCUUCUUCCUGCAGACAAAACAGAUACAUCAAAAGCAUCUGAAACUAUGCAUACAAUGAAUGAAGACAAGACAAAAGACCAAUCCGAUCCAGCUAGCGAAAACGUGACUGAGACAACAUUGCCGUCCAUUGGUUCACAUUCUAGACCUUCUUCAGGAACAGAAGCAUCUAGGGUAGCUACCGCAAUCGAAACCAAAGAUGAGAUACCUGGAGAUUCCUCAUCUGCAGGAAAGUUGUCACCUGUCAAUAAUGUAUCAAGUCCAACAGCUGAAGCCAAUACAAUAUCAAGGACAAAUAGUCCAACCGACACGAAACCCAGUGACUUAAAUAACGAAUUGGAAGAUAAGGAAACUAAAAGACAAUCAUCAUCGAAUAAAAUAACAACAUCUAGACCACAAUCAGGGUCAAGAAACGCAUCCAGACCAACAAGUGCGAGUAAGACCACUAAAGAAAUAAAUGGACGGGCAGAUGAUGAAGUGUUUACAGGUACUCAAACACCUCCUGACCGCAUAUCAAGACCUUCGUCAGGAAUAGAUAAAACAUCAAGGCCCACUAGUGCAAACAAGACACCCAAACAAAUAAACGAUGAUAUUAUUACUAGUGAAGUAGAAGGUCCAAUAGUAGUGAACAACGAAAACGUAUCUAGGCCAACAUCAAAAUCAAAGGAAUCUUCAAGACCUUCGAGUACCAAUGACAAAACAGCAGCUCUUCUUCCUGCAGAUGAAACAGAUACAUCAAAAACACCUGCAACUAUGAAUAAUAUGAACGAAGACAAAACAAAAGACCAAUCUGAUCCAACUAAUGAAAACGUGACUGAGACAACAUUGCCGUCCAUUGGUUCACAUUCUAGACCUUCUUCAGGAACAGAAGCUUCUAGGGAAGCUACCGCAAUCGAAACCAAAGAUGAGAUACCUGGAGAUUUCUCAUCUGCAGGGAAUUUGUCACCUGUCAAUAAUGCAUCAAGUCCAACAGCUGAGGCCAAUACAAUAUCAAGGACAAAUAGUCCAACCGACACGAAACCCAGUGACUUUAAUGACGAAUUGGAAGAUAAGGAAACUAAAAGACAAUCAUCGUCGGAUAAAAUUACAACAUCUAGACCACCAUCAGGGUCAAGAAACGCAUCCAGACCAACAAGUGCGAGUAAGACCACUAAAGAAAUAAAUGGACAGGCAGAUGAUGAAGUGUUUACAGGUACUCAAAUACCUCCUGACCGCAAAUCAAGACCUUCGUCAGGGAUAGAUAAAACAUCAAGGCCCACUAGUGCAAACAAGUCACCCAAACAAAUAAACGAUGAUAUUAUGACUAGUGAAGUAGAAGGUCCAAUAGUAGUGAACAACGAAAACGUAUCUAGGCCAACAUCAAAAUCAAAGGAAUCAUCAAGACCUUCGAGUACCAAAGAAAAAACAGCAGAUCUUCUUCCUGCAGAUGAAACAGAUACAACAAAAGCAUCUGAAACUAUGAAUAAAAUGAAUGAAGACAAUACAAAAGACCAACCUGAUCCAGCUAACGAAAAGGUGACUAAGACAACAUUGCCGUCCAUUGGUUCACAUUCUAGUCCUUCUUCAGGAACAGAAGCAUCUAGGGUAGCUACCGCAAUCGAAACCAAAGAUGAGAUACCUGGAGAUUCCUCAUCUGCAGGAAAGUUGUCACCUGUCAAUAAUGUAUCAAGUCCAACAGCUGAAGCCAAUACAAUAUCAAGGACAAAUAGUCCAACCGACACGAAACCAAGUGACUUAAAUAACGAAUUGGAAGAUAAGGAAACUAAAAGACAAUCAUCAUCGGAUAAAAUUAAAACAUCUAGACCACAAUCAGGGUCAAGAAACGCAUCCAGACCAACAAGUGCGAGUAAGACCACUAAAGAAAUAAAUGGACAGGCUGAUGAUGAAGUGUUUACAGGUACUCAAACACCUCCUGACCGCAAAUCAACACCUUUGUCAGAGAUAGAUAAAACAUCAAGGCCCACUAGUGCAAACAAGACAACCAAACAAAUAGACGAUGAUAGUAUGACUAGUGAAGCAGAAGGUCCAAUAGUAUUGAACAACGAAAACGCAUCUAGGAAAACAUCAAAAUCAAAGGAAUCACCAAGACCUUCGAGUACCAAUGACAAAACAGCAGAUCUUCUUCCUGCAGACGAAACAGAUACAUCAAAAGCAUCUGAAACUAUGAAUAAAAUGAAUGAUGACAAGACAAAAGACCAGUCUGAUCCAGGUAAAGGAAAUGUGACUGAGACAACAUUGCUGUCCAUUCGUUCAAAUUCUAGACCUUCUUCAGGGUCAGAAGCAUCUAGGGUAGCUACUGCAAUCGAAACCAAGGAUGAGAUACCUGGAGAUUCCUCAUCUGCAGAGAAGCUGUCACCUGUCAAUAUUGUAUCAAGUCCAACAGCUGAAGCCAAUACAAUAUCAAGGACAAAGAGUCAAAUCGACAUGAAACCAAGUGACUUAUAUAACGAAUUGGAAGAUAAGGAAACUAAAAGACAAUCAUCGUCGGAUAAAAUUACAACAUCUAGACCACCAUCAGGGUCAAGAAACGCAUCCAGACCAACAAGUGCGAGUAAGACCACUAAAGAAAUAAAUGGACAGGCUGAUGAUGAAGUAUUUACAGGUACUCAAACACCUCCUGACCGCAAAUCAAGACCUUCGUCAGGGAUAGAUAAAAUAUCAAGGCCCACUAGUGCAAACAAGACAACCAAACAAAGAGACGAUGAUAGUAUGACUAGUGAAGCAGAAGGUCCAAUAGUAUUGAACAACGUAAACGCAUCUAGGAAAACAUCAAAAUCAAAGGAAUCACCAAGACCUUGGAGUACCAAUGACAAAACAGCAGAUCUUCUUCCUGCAGACGAAACAGAUACAACAAAAGCAUCUGAAACUAUGAAUAAAAUGAAGGAAGAAAAGACAAAAGACCAGUUUGGUCCAGCUUACGAAAAUGUGACUGAGACAUCAUUGCCGUCCAUUGGUUCAAGUUCUAUACCUUCUUCAGGAUCAGAAGCAUGUAGGGUAGCUACCGCAAUCAAAACCAAAGAUGAGAUACCUGGAGGUUCCUCAUCUGUAGGGAAGUUGUCACCUGUCAAUAAUGUAUCAAGUCCUACAGCUGAAGCCAAUACAAUAUCAAGGACAAAUAGUCCAACUAACACGAAAUCCAGUGACGUAAAUAAAGAAUUGGAAAAUAAGAAAACUAAAAGACAAUCAUCAUCUGAUAAAAUUACAACAUCUAGACCACCAUCAGGGUCAAGAAGCGCAUCCAGAUCAACAAGUGCGGGUAAGACCACUAAAGAUAUAAAUGGACAGGCUGAUGCUGGAGAUUUUUCAUCUGCAGGGAAGUUGUCUCCUGUCAUUAAUAUAUCAAGUCUAACAGCUUCAACCAAUAAAAUAUCAAAGAUUUUUAAUGCGGACGACACUGAAACCAGUAAUGUAAAUUACGAGUUUGAAUUUAAAGGAGCUAGAGUACAAUCAUCUCCUGACAAAACUAUAAUUAAAAGUCCUAGACACGCAUCAACCCUACAAAAUGGCACUGAGAACACUAAAGUCCUAAAUGGGCUCACCAAUGAAGAAGUAUUGACAGAAACUGAAGUAUCUUCUGAUCCACCCAAAAUGAAUAAAACUCAAAGGCCGAUCAUGGAAAAUAAAGAAAUGGUAAUAGAGGUAACAGACGAACCUGAACAUUUAGAAACACAUAGAAGACCUCCGACAGCAUCAAUUAUAAGAACAUCAAUUACCACAACAACAAAUGGAAAUGACCAGAGAGAGGAGUUAAAUAACUUAACGAUGAUCGUGGAAGAAGGAAAAGAAAAUGCCACAACGAAUAUCAACAACAUAAUGAGGGCAAUAGAGGACGAGAAAAAUAUAUGCAUUUCACAAAUUGAAGAUUUGCGAGAAGAACAAGGAAUGUUACGAACACAAAUAGAGAGAAAACAGGAAAAGAUCAUUCAGUUACAAACAGAUUUUGAUGAAAUGAAAUUGGACAACAAAAGGAUUACAGAUGAAGAACAAGAAAUAAAACAUCAGGUUAAAAAGCUAGAAUCAGAAAUACUAGUUUUGACUAAUAAUUUAUCUCAAGUAAGUGAGAACACAGAUCACGUAUUGGGUCAGUUUCACGAAUUAAGAGUACAUAUUGAGAAUGAAAGUAAAAUGCCACAUGACAACAAAUAUAGCAAUGCGGUUAUCAAUGAUACUCAGACAUUAGACAAUGGAUGGAUGGAAAACACGAGUAAAGAUAUUCAUGAGAUAAACAAAGAAAAAGCAAAAGGAGAAAAAAGUCACAAUUCACAAGAAGAUGUUAGAAAAUAUGAAGAACAACAAAAGAGUGCAUAUAAAGAAUUAGAUAACAGAAUCAAAGAAUCUAAUGAAUUGUUAAAAAAUUAUCACGAAACUGAUAUAACACUUCACGCUACAAAUCAUCAACAUUUAAUUGAUAUAAAGCAAACCAUUGAGAAUAUAGGAACACAAAAUGAAAAACUUCGAGAACAGGAGCAAAACAAUCAAGAAAACGAUCAGAGCGCUGAAGACAAGACUAUACUUAUUAAUGAAAUGAAAACACAAUUUAAUGAAUUGAAAGAAGUUAUAGAAAACGACAUGAGUGUAAGACACAAACAAUACAAAGAAACUACCAACUUUAAUGAAAGUAGUCUUGCAGAAGAAAGAAUUUCUUAUGCAAAAACCGUUGAUGAUGAUAGAAAUUAUCAUGACCAACAACGAAACGAACUGCGACAACUGCGACAGGCAGUAGAGGGCAGCAUUAAGAUGCAUGAAGCGGAGGGAGAAAAUAACAGAAAAGCACAUGAUAUUCAGCUUAAGGAGUUCAAUGAUUUAAAGAAUAUAGUAGAAAUUAGAAUGAAAGAUAUUCAAAAUCGACACACAGUAGGGGAGGGAGAUGGUCAUUACCCCCUCAAAUACAUUAAUCAAAUUAAGGAACAUAUGAACGAGUUUGAACAGUUAAUUAAAGAUGACAAACUAUCACAUGAGUGUCAAAUUCAAGAAUUUAGAGAAUUACGGCAACUCCUGGAUAAUGAUAGAAGUGUUAAUAAGGUGUUGGGUGAAGAGCAAGAAGAAGAUAAUGGCGAAUGGAAAGACGAAAUGAAAGCAAUUAAGACAGCUAUUGAAAGUGAUAUCAAAAUGCAUGAAGAACAUCGCAAAUUGUUCAACCAAUACAAGCAAAGCCAGGAACAAGAAUUACAUGAACUCAAGAAAGCAGUAGUAAACUCUCAGGCAAACAAAGUUCACAAGGCCGCCAAACCAGGAGAUAUAUGUGUCAAUACCCUCAGUCACAUAGAUCAGUUGAAAGAAGUUUUGUCAAAUAAUAGUGAAUCCCAAAACAAACAAAUAAAGGACUUAGAAGUUCUUAAAAAUACAAUAGAAAUUGAUAUGAAGCUAAGGGAAGAACAAAGAGAUAAUGACAGAAAAGCUCUGAAUGAAAAUAUGAACGGAAUAAAACAUGAGCUUGGAUCUAUCUUAACAGCCUGUGAUAAACAGAAUGUGGCACCGACCACUGAAAAAAGUAUUGACAAGCAGGCUGACAGUGACGAUGGAAAUCAAGGGGAGAUAAUAAGACAUCAUUUUAAUAUACUAAAAGAGAUGAUUAAAAAAGAUAUGCUUCUCCAAGAUGAUAGAAGAGAGGCUGAGAAAAUAAAUAACGAAAAACAGCUAAUGGAAACACAGAGGUUGAUUACAACAUUAGAAAAUGACAGAGAUUUAAGAACAGAACAACGUCAAGAUUUCUUAAAUCUGAAGGAAAAACUUGACAGUAAUACAAAAUUUCAAGAACAACAAGUGGAAGUUCAGAAAUCUUAUCAUAAUAACUUGAAAGAGUUAGAAAAAACAUUUGAACGUUAUGCGGCAUUACAAGUCAAUACAAGCGGUCCAGACGAUUCAAAACAACAAGGUUAUAUUUCCAAUUAUAUUCCUGAUAGCUUGAGUAGGCAAUCUGAGGAUCUGGAUCAAAGUUUUGAUCGCAGAAUAAAAGACCAACAACUUCCUGAUGGUAACGGAAUUCAAGAGCAACUACAAAACACAUUACAAAAGUUGAAUGUCAAUAUAGGUGAUAAUAUUCAACAUUUGAAAGAUCUGAAUGACAGACAAGAAACCUUGCAUGGAAUAGAACUUAAUGAGUUUAAAGAAAUAAAACAAAAAAUGGAUGUUAGCAACAAAUAUCAAGAGACACAAGCACAAUCGUUACAAGAAAUGAUAGGGCAAAUGGAAAAAGGAAACAACCAACUAGAAAAGACGUUGCUGGUUGAUAGGAAUUUCCACGAAGAGCAAAGAGAGAAUGAUCGAAAAUACUAUACAAAUUUACGACAGAGUGAAAAAAGAGUUAUUGAAAAUCAGUAUGAAGAUUAUCGUCGCUCGCAACAAGAACUGAAAAAUGUCAGUAUGGAACUACAUAUGGAAACAAGAAAAUGUUUAACUGGUAGAAUAACAGCUUUACUUGAUGUGUGUCAAGACACAUCUGAAUUGGUGAACAGACUAGACAAGAGACCUCUUGGUGCUAUUAAGCAAAGGGAACAAAAUACAGAAAGUGGACCAGUGGUAAAUGAUUACGUCGAAAGAAUUGAUAACCAUUUUUAUGAAUUAAAACAUGCAAUGGACAAAGACAGAAAACGACAAGAAAAACAGUAUGAUGAAAAAUCACUAUUUAAAUUAGAGCAAAGAGAGCACAAGAAAAAAGUCAAAGAAAAACAUAGAGAGGAAGAUAGAAAAUCAAAAGAGGAGUUACGGAAACAGGAAAACCAACUACGGGAAAACCAAAUUGAAGAGAUGCAAAUAUUGAGAUUAACAGUUGAAAAUGACAAAAGAAUUCAAGGUAAACAACAAGAAGAAACCACACGGUUGAUAAAGAAAAACAACAAAGAUGUUUUGGAUUUGAAACAAUUUAUCGAUGAUGAAAGACAGCUACGAGAAAGGCAUAGACGGGAGACGAGGCUGAGUAAAGACGAGAGUAAACAAAAUGAUAGAAAACUAAUAGAAAAAUUGUGCGAUGACACCUACAUAGUGAAAACCCAGUUUGAAGAACUGAAUGAAGUUUUUACAAGAGAUCGAAAGCUUUAUGAAAGACAAAGAGAAGAAGAUAUAUUGUAUCGUGUAGAGCAAAGGGAUCAUCAGAAAACAAUUCAGGAAAAACAACGAGAAGAAUUUCAAUUAUUAAAGGAAGAAUUAGCAAAAGGCAGAAAAUAUCAGGAAAAUCAGCGCGAAGACAUUGAUAAAAUGAGAACAAGAUUUGAAGAACUAAAACAAACCAUUGAGUGGGACAGAAAUUUCCAGGAUAAACAAAGAGAUAACGAAAGGAAAAAUGUGGACGAACAACGGCAAAUUGACCGGAGACUUUAUUACCAACAAAAAGAACAGUUUCAAGAAUUAAUGAAAAGUGUGGAGAAUGAUAGAAAAAUAAAUAAAGAAAAUGUGCAAGAAAUGAAUGGAAAUAUAAGCCAAAUAAUAAAAGCUGUCAAAAAACCCAAAUCCGUGUCUAAACCAGAAAAGAAAAGCAAGGUUCCGGAAAGGGAGGUUAGGGUUAAAAAGCGAAAGACCACUGAAAAGGUCCUUCUACAAAGGCGUAGAGGUAUAGAAGUUGUAGUCCUGCCUAAAAUUCCGUCUAACAUUACAAGCAGACAACGUGAGGACUUACACAAAGAAACAACAAAGACGAAAACAACGAAAACUUUAAAGAAGAAGAAGAAGAAGAAAAAGAAAUUAAUUAUAUUAUAAUUUAGAUUUGUACUUUCAGUACAAUUAGACUGGUAACAUUUGUUUCAUAUGUUGAUUCACGUAGAUAUAUACGCUUGAUUGUAGAUUGUUGUGAAAUCUGUAAUGAUAUUUCAUUUAGAUUACUUAUGAUUGUUCCAAAACAUACGAUUUUUAUAAAAUUAAUUAAAAAAUAAUUUUGAUAAUUACACAGGAAUAUAAGUUCAUACAUCUUCCUAUGAUAUAAUACAGAUUAUUUUUCUUUAAGAGAGGCAAAAGAUAUCAAAGAGAUAUUCAAAAUUAUUAGUUGAAAACAAACAAAAAUUUCAUGGCAAACAAACCCCGACGAAACGACAAACAAUAGUACACAAAACACAAACUAGAAAAAAAGAUUGAGCAAUACGAACCGCACUGAAUCACGAGGAAAUUCCCCGUGCUCCGGAAAGGUAUGAAGAUCCUGCUCGACAA